AUGGUCAGCAAACGGAAGAGAGUGCUGGAGGACUUCGAUCCUAACAAGUCGGACUCCGAGGAUGAGAACUUUGACCCUUCAGAGGCUAAGGCCCCUAGAAGCUCCAAAAAGGCGAGGCCAUCUCGCGGCUCCCGCCCUUCCGGUAGCCGCAGGAAGGGGCACAGAUAUCGAGGCUCCGACAUUGACGAUGAUGACGAGAUUCUGUCCGAUAGCAUGGCAGAGGACUCCUUUGCCGAGGACGACUCGGAAGACGAAAAUGCACCUGUAAAUGCUGCCGGCCGCCGCACAAGAAAAGCUGCUAGAACUCAUCACAACUAUCGGGAGAGCAGUGCCGACGAGGAUGCAGAGGACAUGUUAGAUGACUCUGAUGAGGCGGACAAGGGUGCUGACACUGCUGAGGACCCGGAUGAGCCCGCAGGGAGAAGACUUGUUAAGCUCAAAGUCCCCAAAGGGUCAUCGGAAGGUGUCACACGAAGAGCAACCCGAGCCAGUACUGCCGAUGCGGAAGAGUUUGUUGAGCUGUCCAACUCUGGUAGGCACGCAGUGAUUUCUCGCGACUCCCGCAGCCGCAGCCCAGAGGCGUAUUCCCGAGUCCGACGGUCAUCUCGCUCGAUGAAGGGGUUGCAUACAGCGCCUGAAACUAUUGAUGAGGCGACUCAAGAGAGCAGCAACCGGGUUGCCCAGGAAGCGGACGAACCCGACGAGCUCUCGCACGACUACAAACCCCCCGAGAAGAAGGAGGUUGGGGAUGAAGUCAUGGGAGACACGACUGCUGCUCCCGACGAUACAGAUGCAGCUGAACCGGUCAAGGAAGUCGAAGAUGUGGCUGAACCUGCACCGGUAGAAGAAGAUGACGAUGAUGACGAUGUUCCCGUUACGCGCAGGACUCGUGCAUCUAGAGCCGCUGCCAAUGCAUCAGAAGAAGAAAAGGUGGAAGAGACGGAUGAGGCAACCACCUCUCGGCGUCUGACACGUGGUCGCUCCAAGAAAUCAACUCAAGAGCCUAGCAGUGAUUUUGAGCCUGGCGAUGACUCGGAGGACGAGGCCAUGUCUGAAAACAAGGGUGAAGAUAUCGACAGUCCGACGCCAAGAGGAAGAAAAGAUAGGCGCAGUGCGCGCAAUUCUCGCCGUGGCGGAGACUCGGCUGAAGAGGAUCUGGAUGUGGACUUGGACGAACUGAAUGAAGAGGCGCGAGAGCUCCGACAAUCAUCACGACCCCGCCGACGACCAAGAGAUGAAUCGCCCAUCGUUUAUCAGGAAUCUCGACGCGCUCGGGCUAGAGUCAAUUACUACAUGCCUCCAUUGACGGCAGCUAACAUCGAAGAGGAGGAAGUCGAGGAUCCAGCCCCUACGCCUGCACGACGCCGCCGAGGAGGUGCUAGUAUAGGAUGGGAGAGAAAUCUCAACACCACAUUCGGUCCCUUUGGAGGAGGCGGUGGUGGAGGCUCCCUUCUCAGCGGGCCGUGGGGUACGGGCGCGGCUGGUGGUGUUGAUUCGGAUAGCAGCGACGACGAAAUGGUUCACCGUUCGAGCGUUGCUGGAAAUGCUGGCAUGACGCCAACGUCAGGCGCUCCAGCUGGAGGGUUGCUGCCAGGCGGCCUCGGAAUGAAUCCAGAAGCCACCCCCAAUGUCGGCAAGAUCAAGGAUAGGAAAGCGCUUGCCGAUGCCGAUCCCCUCGGAGUCGACAUGAAUGUUGAUUUCAGCAAGGUCGGAGGUUUGCAAGGCCACAUCGACCAGCUCAAGGAGAUGGUUCAGCUCCCAUUGCUGUAUCCUGAGCUCUUUGCCAAGUUUCAUGUCACUCCGCCUCGCGGUGUUCUCUUCCACGGUCCUCCAGGUACUGGUAAAACGCUUUUGGCUCGGGCCUUGGCCAACUCCGUCGGCUCUGGGGGCCGAAAGAUUUCGUUUUACAUGCGCAAGGGAGCAGAUGCCCUCAGCAAGUGGGUUGGCGAAGCCGAAAAGCAGCUGCGGCUUUUGUUUGAGGAAGCUAGAAAGACUCAACCUAGCAUCAUCUUUUUCGACGAGAUUGAUGGUUUGGCACCUGUUCGAUCUAGCAAGCAGGAACAAAUUCACGCCUCUAUUGUGUCAACUCUGCUGGCUUUAAUGGAUGGCAUGGACGGCCGCGGCCAAGUUAUUGUAAUUGGUGCCACCAACAGACCCGACAAUAUUGAUCCGGCCUUGCGACGGCCCGGACGAUUUGAUAGAGAGUUUUACUUCCCUCUGCCGGACAUUGAGGGCCGCCGAUCGAUCCUCAAUAUCCACACCAAGGACUGGGGUCUGUCUGAGCAAUUUCUGGCUUCCCUCGCUGAGAAGACCAAAGGUUACGGUGGCGCUGAUCUUCGAGCGCUGUGCACCGAGGCAGCGUUGAAUUCCAUUCAACGAACAUAUCCCCAAAUCUACUCCUCCACCGAGAAACUCAUUGUGGACCCGAACAAGAUUAGUGUUCAUGCCUCGGAUUUCAUGAUCUCCAUUAAGAAACUGAUUCCAUCGUCGGAGCGUUCCGCAACGUCGGGUGCAAAGCCUUUGCCGAGUGCUGUUGAGCCGCUUCUACGAGCUCAGUUUGCCGAUGCCAAAAGGCUGCUGGACGACUUGUUGCCUAGGAAGAAAAAGACUACGGCACUCGAGGAGGCCAUGUUUGAACAGUACAAUGAUUCAGACCACGGCUUUGCGCGAGAAGCCAUGCAGCAAGAGUUUGAGCGCUCUCGUGUGUUUCGCCCUCGGUUCCUCAUUUAUGGCACGCACGGCAUGGGCCAAGCAUACAUAUCUUCGGCCAUUUUGCAUCAUUUUGAAGGCGUUCAUGUCCAGAAUUUUGAUUUGCCGGCUCUCCUUGCUGAUGGUCGGGCGAUGGAACAAGUGAUCGUCGGUCUCUUUACUGAAGUGCGUCGCCACAAACCCAGUGUCAUAUAUAUUCCCAAUGUUGAAGCAUGGUACGCGACAUUAUCUGGAUCGAUUGCGUACAUAACCUUCCAAACCAUGUUGAGGUCUAUCCCACCGACGGACCCCGUUCUCUUACUCGCGACGGCUGAGUGUGCCAAAGACGACCUUCCUAGCCAGUUGGUACACGAUCUCUUUGGGUUCUCCCGCAAAAACAGAAUGGAAAUCCCGCGGCCAGAAAGAAUCAACCGUAUGGAAUACUUUAAAGCGACUCUCGAUUACAUCAGAAAGAAGCCAGCCGACUUUCCUGACCCCGAGAACCGGAAGAAGAGAGUUCUGGAAGAACUUCCUGUUGCGCCUGCCAUUUCUCCAAAACCGCCAACCAAGGAGGAGGUUAAGGCUUUGAAGAGAAGGGACCAUCAGUGGCUCAAUGCUCUCAAGAUUCAACUCCAGCCGAUUAUGGAUCAGAUCAACCGAAAGUACAAAAAGUUCAGGCAACCCGUUAUUCCACAAAGCCACAUCGACUAUCUCUUUGCAGAGUCCGAUCCCAACUUUGUUCGACCAGACAUCACAGAGGGGAUCAUACGACCUUAUGAGAUUGUCAAAGACAAGCAUGGCAAUGAUGUACUCAGAGACACGGCCAGCGGCAAGUGCUAUUACAAUUUGGAGACGACUACGAUUGAGGAGCGACUGUCGAAUGGAUUCUACACUCGGCCAAAGGACUUUUUGUUUGAUAUCAAGGCCCUGGCCAAGGAUGCUCGGAAUAUCGGCGACAAGGAACGUACUCUCAAAGCAAAUGAACUGUUGAGCAACGUAGAGGUUGAUAUCGCUAGUAUCGAAACCAACAGCGGAGCAGUUGACUGGGAGGGCCUGCAUCGACGCCAAGUCGAGCGAGCUGCUCAAGCGGCAGAGAAGGAGCGAAAGCGCAAGGCUAUGCAGUCAAUACUGGAGCGAGUGCAAUCAGAUUUAGGAGGAGGCAACGAUAGUGACUCGCAGGGACCGCUUACGUUGGGCGAGGCGGUUCCUGGAUCGCGCACUACGGCUAGGUUCCAGCUGCGAAGUCCAUUGUCCAAUGGGCUUGAAGAGGCUGCCCCCGGACAAGAAGCAAGCAACCUGAGCAACGGCGCCGAAGGACCGUCAAAGGAGGGUGGUGAUGUACAGAUGAGCGGAGUGGAUGAUCAGACCCAAGCGGGCACCCAGACGUCAGCCAUGGGGCCGCCUACGAAAUCCGAGAAUGACUCUACUAAGCACACUGGCAUGACGCAGAUUUCGCAAAGGUCAGCAGUUACUGCUCUGCCACCCGGGGUGUCGCCGUCGGCUGUGAUCAACGAUGCCUCUACAACCAAGACGUCUGAUCCUUCCACGCAUAGAUCGUCCAACUUUAGCACACAGCUCACCAAUGGCAACCAUGGUGUGCAGCAGAACAAUGGUGAUGGCGAUCAAGACGUGGAAUUGCCCGACACGCUAGUUGUGCCAAGCCAGGCUACCCCAAGCGAUGAGAUCUGGCUUCACUCGCAGGCGCAUGGACUCGCUCGGGGCCAAAUGGCGCCUGGAGCAAAUUCAAGCAGCAGCGCAGUUUCUCUCCAGUCGCAGGCCCGUCAAUCCAGCGGCCAUACCGGUGACGCUCCCGUCCAGCCAUCGCAGGAACCACUAUCGCAAGAACCCCAGGGACUACGGUACUCGGGCUCGUCCGCAUCGCAACCGCCUGCUGUCGAUGUGUCCAUUGACAACCUGCUCCAUGUGCUGAUCGACGGUACGUCAGGAUGCACGAUUGAGCAGCUCGAGCAAAUCAACCGAGAGCUCAUGGACGAGAUUUGGAAGUCUAGACACGAGUGGAACCGACACGCUGUUGUGGUUCACCUGGGCAGCGUGUUCAAUGAUGUCAUACUAGACAUUGAGCAGAUUCAAGGUGUAGGAUCUUCAAGUCAGCGCGACAGUAACCUGGAAAUAUAG